GUUACGUACAUUACUUCAUUUAAUUCUCUCUACAGUCCUCUGACCUAAGUACUGCUGUCCUCCCUUUACACUUGAGAAAUUCGGGCUGCUUCCAGCUUUGCCAAGCUUGGUGGCCCCGCAUUUGGCUUCUGACACCCAAGAGAGAUCUCUUUCGCGCUCCUCGCGAUAUUCCCGGCACCUCGAAUCCCACGUGCCAGUGCACCGGACGGGCCCUGGCGGCCCGCGGAGCGCGGGGCUCGGGCCCAGGGCUGCGGCGCCGGUGCCCUGCGGAGCGAGGGUGGUUUCCGCGCUGACCUGCUCGGCCCGACGCCCUCAGCCCAGGGGCUUCGCGGCGGGCCCGGCUAUGGAGCGCCCCGAGCCCGCCGAGGUGCGCAUGAGCCAGGCCAUCCAGCCCGCGCACGCCAACCCGCGCGGCGAGCUGAGCGCGGGGCAGCUUCUCAAGUGGAUCGACGCCACCGCCUGCCUGGCUGCUGAAAAGCAUGCUGGGAUUUCCUGUGUUACAGCCUCAGUGGAUGACAUACAAUUUGAGGAGACAGCUAGAGUUGGACAAGUGAUAACCAUCAAAGCGAAAGUUACCAGAGCAUUCAGCACAAGCAUGGAGAUCAGCAUCAAGGUGAUAGUACAGGACAUGCUCACUGGUAUUGAGAAACUUGUUAGUGUGGCUUUCUCUACAUUUGUAGCCAAACCAGUUGGAAAAGAAAAGAUUCAUUUAAAACCAGUCACACUUCUGACUGAGCAAGAUCAUGUGGAACAUAAUCUGGCUUCAGAGAGAAGGAAAGUUCGAUUACAUCACGAAGAUACCUUUAAAAGCUUGAUGAAAGAAAAUAGCGAGUUUGAUGAUCCCAUUUGUGAUGAAGAGGAAGGAAUGGUUUCUACACGUGGCACCGCUGUUCAGAGCAUUGAACUUGUCCUCCCACCCCAUGCAAACCAUCAUGGAAAUACAUUUGGUGGCCAAAUUAUGGCUUGGAUGGAGAGUCUGGCUACUAUUUCUGCAAGCCGCCUCUGUAGGGCACACCCCCUUCUAAAGUCCGUGGACAUGUUUAAGUUUCGGGGACCAUCUGCUGUUGGAGAUCGUCUUGUUUUCAAUGCCAUUGUCAACAAUACAUUUCAGACCUGUGUUGAAGUGGGAGUGCGCGUGGAAGCCUUUGACUGUCAGGAGUGGUCUAAGGGCCAAGGCCGUCACAUCAACAGUGCUUUUCUCAUUUAUAAUGCUGUCAAUGAUAAGGAAGAAAUGGUCACAUUUCCCAGAAUCAAACCCAUAUCAAAGGAUGAUUUUAGACGGUAUCGUGGAGCUAUUGCACGCAAGAGAAUUCGCCUAGGCAGAAAAUAUGUUACUUCCCACAAAGAAGAAGUGCCAGUUUGUGUACAAUGGGACAUAAGCAACCAGGUAUCCCUGAGUAAUGCCAAUGUGGAGGCUCUCAAAAAUCUGGCAGCCAAGAGUGGCUGGGAGGUUACCAGUGCUGUGGAAAAGGUAGGAGGCAUCCAGUCUAUGUACAACCUGCUGUCCAUCACAAAUGAAAGUUGUCAUGCUGCUGGUGGUGGUUCUGCUUCUACUGCUGCUUUUAAGAAGAUAAAAAUAUACACCCUGGAAGAGCAUGACCUUUUAUCUGUUUGGGUUGAAAAGCAUGUGGAAAGACCAGCACACUUGACUUACCAUCUCCUGUCUGACUUUACCAAGAGACCUUUGUGGGACCCUCAUUUCGUGUCCUGUGAAGUCAUAAACUGGGUGAGUGAAGGUGAUCAGAUAUAUUAUAUCACUUGUCCUAUAGUGAAUGGUGACAAACCCAAAGACUUGGUAGUACUUGUAUCACGAAGAAGGCCUCUCAAAGAUGGUAGCACUUACACGGUAGCAGUGAAAUCGGUUCUUCUGCCUUCAGUCCCCCCUUGUCCACACUACAUCAGAAGUGAAAUCAUAUGUGCUGGAUUUCUCAUCCGUGCUAUUGACAGCAGCUCCUGUACCGUAUCCUACUUCAACCAGAUUUCUGCUAGCAUCUCUCCUUACUUUGCCGGAAAUCUUGGUGGCUGGUCAAAAUCCAUAGAAGAGACAGCAGCCUCUUGUAUAAAAUUCAUAGAGAAUGCUACUGAUGAGCACUGAACUGUACCUACCCACCACUUCUCGUACCUGGCCUUCAGGGGAGAAGGAGGAAAGAGAAGAGAGAUAUAAUGGAAGAAGAUACGUGUCCUCUGGAGUGUUCGAGAGCCACUGCACACAAGACUAGACCUUAAACCAUGAUUAGAAAGGCAAAGUGUUGUGAACUGUUGAACCUGUAGGCAAAAGUUGUGUCCAGAUCCAUUUUUUGAGGAGGAUGUCUGUAAUUCUUAUCAAAUAAAUGACCAAUAACCUCAAAAAAGGUUAGGACCCACUGCUCAUCUGUACAGGUCAGACAAGGGUGAGCAGUUACAAAAGGAAUGAAAUUAACUUUUGUUUUAGGGCCUUCUGACUGCCAGGCAGCCUCAUCCUAAUAAAAAUGCCUGUCUGCCUACUUUAAGCAACAUUCCAGGAUUGUGAAUUACAACACAUAUGGUUUCUAAGAUUAGCUUAAUGGUCAAACACUGUUACUUAAUGGUCAAGCAUUAUAAGUAUGACAUGCUUAUAAUGUUAAGUGACUCAUCCAGAAAAAUGACCCUACAGGAUGUAAACGUGGCUGAAUUCUCACUUCUGUGUGAUCUGUUUUCUUUGCUGCGCCUUUUAAAAAUACCUAGUCAUUUUGCAUAACCAUCCAAAACCAUCUUUGCCCAUUACUCAUGUCAUCUGACCUGUGUCAUAAGUUCAAAACUGAGAGGCACCUUUGGGCAUUUUCCAGGGUUAGGCUUCCUUACUGUUGUAGAUGUCAGUGAAAUAGAAGAGGUACUUUUGAACAAUAUAUUUUAAUUCUCAUAGCUCUUCGAGGUAAAUACCAUAGAUCAUCAUAUCUAAUACACUAUUGAUUGUAAUUAUUUUACAUACCUCUCAGGAAAAAAAAUCUGCCAAUUACAUGUCACUCACCAAUGGUAAGAUACAUUCUGAGUACAGGGACAUGAAAAUGUGAAAUAAUGUUCAUCUUAGAGCCCAUGAGAUACAGUUUGUCAUCUCCAUUUUACAGGCAAGGGAGGAAAUUGAGAUGAGAGAAAUUAAAUGACUCAGCCAGAGUCCCACAACUAGUGAGUGGUGGUACUGGAGCUGUAACUGGUCAGCUUGAUUCCAAAAGCUGUGCCUUUUCACUGGACUUGUCCCAUGGAACCCAGGACAUGACACACAAGAGAUGUCUAGAAUCUGAUGGUACCAGCUAUCACAUGAGCACAUUAUUCACAUUACCAGAAAAUUUCCUCCUUAAAGCUUUAGAGAUCACAGACUUUAUUCAGGGACCUUAAUAUGUUAGCUGAGCUACAGACAAGAAAGUUACAGGAUCCCAUGCUAGACAACUGACCAAGGAAAACACUCAGAAAUAAAAAUUACUACAAAUAUUGAAGAAUGUGUACCAGCCCAUCUAUCCAAAAUGGUAUGCUAGCCUGUGAUUAAAUUCACAACACUAUUUUUUAAAUCUUAUAUUAGCUUGAGAUAUAAUCCCUUUACUUCUGUUAUGUUUAAAAGUAGAUAUUUAUAACCUACUCCCACAAAUGAUGCUGAAAGCACAAUGCUUGAAAUACACACUUUAGUUAUUUCUGAUUUGAUUAAUACAUCCUCAUAUUACACAUCAACUCCAGUACAAAGAAUAGUUUGAUAAAAAUUAAAAUUCUCAAGGUUUUGUUAUUUGUUCAAGAAUUUAUCCAAGAACUGAUUGAGUACAAAUUAAAUCACAACUCUACAUGGUAACUCACCUUUUCUGACAUAUAAGUACUCACCAUCAGCAUAAAGUCCUUUGGGAUUAUCAGGACAAGAUCUGGACAGAUGUCCCAUUUCCCCACAAACAAAACAUUUUGCAAAAGGAAAUUCACCUGUAAGGAUCAAC